GAUCUCUCCGUGGUUAUCACUAGUAUAAUCCCGGGCCGGUCCAGUUUUCUGCACCAGCCUGGGGUUACAAGUAACUCAAUACAAUCACUUGGAGCUGCCUAACAAAGCUGCUACUAGUAACUUCUAGCAACCAAUUUGCAGGUGCCAUGUACUGUUCAGUUGUUUAAAACUGGUUGCUAAGGGUUACUAGACCUGGGCAAAUGUGGCGGUUUUACAGUGCGAUGUUUCACACAAUGUUCUUGUUACGUUUGUGCCUUUAUUGCAAGUAAUGCUAAUGUACAUUCCAACAACACCGAGGCGGCACACGCUGAUAGGAAGCCUAUCGUCUUUAUGGCGGCUGAGUUGUGGGUGUGGCGUGAUAUUGAGCUCAUGAUGUCAAUCACAGAAUAUGAUGCCGAGCGUUAUCCUUAAUUACUUUGUAUUUCUGAUACCCAGAGGGAGUGGCUGAAGUUGCUGAUACUGUUUGUUGUAGGACUCUGAUAUCUGAGAGAUAAUAGAAUUAUAAGAUGAGUAGCUACUCCUUGUAGCUGCCUGCAGAUAGAUUUCACUCUGCCCUCUGUAAGGGCAGAACUGACUCAUUUCCCCCAGAAAAAUUUAAUUGUGCAGCUACAACGUAAGUCUUCAGCUAUUUCAGUUAUCCUGGGUGGUCCAAAUUAGUUUGACCCAAACCUUGAUGCCCCACCACACAUUCAGAUCAUGCAGGGAGCCCGUACAUUGCACGUGGCCUCAUAAAGUUCUCAUCUGGCUCAGGACUAGCGGUAAGCAGAAGAGGCAUGUGCCGUACUGGCCCACUGGGAUACCAGGAAAACUCUCGCUGGGCCCAACUGUCAGUGGCCCUCCUGCUUCUAACCAUUUGGCCUGUUGCAUGGUCAUUACCAACUUCUGUAUGGGAACUAAGAGGCGAAAAAGAUAGAAUUACAGAUUAUUGAAUAGAAAGAAAAGAGACCGAGAACAAAGGUUGAGCGAGGAAAGGAAGAGUUAGUUUGGAGAGUGGGUCCAUGGUCUAAGGUUUUCUGGUGGGUCUGCUGUCCAACACUGCAUGCGCCUAGGGUGCAACAAUGGUGGUAGGGCACUAGGCUGAUAUCACUUUUGUCUGCUCCCCUCCAUCUUCCCUGUCAGGGCCCUGGAUAAUAGAAAGAGCCUGGUUCUUGGAGCUGGCACAAGAUGGUUAUGGACAGGGCGCAAAGUCCAUCGCUCACAAACUGCCUCCCCAUUCACCUGAUGCAGGGUAGCUAUGUCCAGGGCACCCUUCUAGCUUGGCCUGGCAUUGCAAUACCCAAUACUAUUCAGAUGAAAAGCUCUUCUCGCACUCCCUGGCAAGCAGCUUGCACCUGCCCUUUGAGUGCCAGUGAUUUCUUACCCAAUACCCAAUACUAUCCCUUUUCCCCACAGUGGUGUUGGCAGCCCCCAUGCCGAGCCACUUUAUGUUCUUUCCCCAGGUCUCUGGUGGUGAUCGAUGACCAGGAGCAUGUACAGUUGAUGUAGGAGCCAGAUUUGCUUCAGCUGAGUGUGUACUCCGGAGAUCUGGAGAGAGGAUUUUAAGCGGCUUGACGUGGCAGUGCCAACCCUGGUGCUCCACUCUGCUUAUAGAACAUGUAAUGGCAAAUGGGGCAGCAUUGAAGACUGCAGAAUACAUGGAAUACAAGAAUACAUGGCUUUCCUUGUCCUUUAACCAGAAACAAGUAGUAAUCAAACUUCCUAUGUGACUUCACCUUUGUGCUCUCAUGUCUGUGAUUAUAUCCAUGGGUUCAGGUCACAGGUCCAUUUUAGCAGUCCCUGAGGAUCUGGGUCCUGGGUGCAGCUCUGAGCGUCACAAGGCUUGGCACAGUUCCCUCCCACUAAACUCAAAAGCACAGAGUUACCCAGAUGUUGUCAUUAUUUAGCCAGUGGUGCCGAGUAUCACUCACACGCCAUGUUGGGACUUAUAGCUCCACUGAUCUUCUUACUCGUCCUUCCUACGGUGCUCUCUAAAAAACCCAACCAAGUCGUCAAUGGUGUUUUUAUGUUGACCGAUGAAAGGCUCAGUUAUGAAAGCGCAGAACAAACCUGUAGGGUGGCCCAAAACGCAGCCCUGGCCACGAUGGAGCAAGUCACCAAUGCCUAUAGGGAUGGCUAUGAGUUCUGCAAGUGGGGAUGGGUGAAAGAACGUCGGAUUCUUAUGCCCCGCCUGAGCCCAUUUGAGAAAUGUGGGGACUUUAACAUGGGAAUCCUCAUGAAAAGGUGCCCAAACUUCGAUUCCAAAACUGCACUGUGCAUCAGUACUAAUGGAGCAUCAGACUGGAUAUUUGAAGCUUCCAUUGUGUACCAGCCGUCUUAUGAAAAUGCCAAUCUCGCAUGCCAAGAACAAGGCGGUAAAAUAGCCACAGAGGAAGACAUAAAACUGACGUCUAAUCGUACCGUAGAACCCAAUAACCCUGCUUGGUAUGAUUUUGGUGUUGGGUUCAUCAACACAGAUGGCACAUUUGACCCUUGUGACAGUGCUUCAGCUUUCUGCUAUGACAAAGACAGAGUGGAUGUAGUCUUACAAGACAAUGCCGAAACCUUGAAAAGACUCAUCAUCAUCUGUAUUCUGGGAUCUAUAUUCGUUAUCUUGCUGAUUGCUGCCUUACUUAUGAAAGGGAACCAGUUCAUCUGUUGCCUAGAAAAGUUACCAGUGGUCACAAGAGAUGACGUGGGGUGCAUUAAAUAUCCAGAGACCCAGUGGAACCUGGCACCCAGCUACAAAGUUAUUGGUGGGACGGUGACCACAACAAACGCCAACAAACUUUUGAAAGGAACCGAGAGACGCCAGUCGUACUUCCUUCCUCAGAUGAGCCAAGGGAGUUCCCCAUUUUAUACCAAUGUGGCAUACGACCAAAGUACAGAUAACGAUAAAUAUUUAUAAAGCAUAUAAGUAAUAAAGGCAUUAGAAGGGCAAA